AUGCCUCGCGUUACAAAACCACCAGUGAAAGCUGCGUGUCUAGCAUGUCGAACAUCGAAAACACGCUGUGACGGCCAACAUCCCUGUGGCAGUUGCUCUAGCAGAAAAAGAGAGUGCAGUUAUCAACCCAGUCGCCGGGGUGGUCCUCGCAGAGGAGCCCGAUAUGAAGAGGCGCAACGAAAACCAACUGCAGGCAACUCACUGCGAUCUUCAAUAUCAGAUGUCACCAAUGAAAUCGAACCAUUCCUUGACAACAUGAUCGGUUUGGUCUCCCCAUUCGCUGGGAUCCACAAUCUCGAUCUCUCCCCGGAUUCUCUCUCAAUUGCCGAUGGAGCCCACCAGAUAUGGGGUCAACUCACCCCACAUGAUGAUGGCUCCUUUGACUCGGCCGCUGUGCAUGAUGUGGGGUCAUCGGUAAUACGCGCCUAUCAAUACGAAACGGAAAUGUUGGUGCAAAAGGGACAUGAUCCAAAGCAUGGAAGACUGCUAAUCGGACAUGCAGCGCCAAUGCCUACUAUAUCUACAUCCAUCCAUAUUUACCUUUAUUGCCACCUGCUGUGGCACCGCUGCAUGAAGAUCACCCUACUGUGA